GCCUCCUCUGGUCCCCUCAGAGCACUCACCACAGCCUGUCUCUGAGCUGGGGGGGAGCAGGAAUCUCCUCUCAUUUCAAGGAAAAUAGUAAACGCAGAGGAUAUGAAACCAAAAACCUGGCAAUUGUUAAGCACAGCUUACCGGAUAAAACAGAAAAUUGCUGAUUCUAAAGAAUUACAGACCCACCACGGCCUUUUCUUGAAUCACUGGGGAUAAGCACACACGUUACUCAAACACAGAGAAAUUAAACUAAUUAUUGCAGACUGCAAACAAAUUUCAAAUCUCGUUUUCCAGAGUUGAAGUGCCAACUGAAUUCUCAGGGUAAGAAGGAAAAGAUGAACUUUGGUCCCGCUGAGCCCUGUCAGAGAUUGACACAAACCCAAUUAAAAUGUAUAGGUACAUAAAAUCUCCCAGCUAAUAAAAACAUGCAAGGCACAUCAAAAAGGCCUGUGGGGCUGUUUUGCUGUUACUACAUUCAACUACCAAAUAGAUAUUAUUUUCCUGUACCAACACCAGACAGAAGAUGGGCAUAAACUGCCUUUUAUCAUGAGCAUUUCGAAGUUCACAAACAUAAGUUACAGGGCUGUUAACUGUUGCUUUUAAUGCUAACCUGCCAUUUGCUGUAGCUUUGUUUUUCUUCUAGGAAAGACUUUUCAGCCAGUGUCUCUCUUACUGGAAAACAAACACUUCUAUUCCUAAAAACAAUUCUAUAUAUCCUUUCCCCACCGCACUACCCUGUCUGCGGUAACUGAACUAAACCUACAACAUGGAACGGUACCAGAAAACUGGCAAAACUCAAGCUAAUAGGAGACAUCUAUCAAAAGCUGUCCCUAGGUCUUCCUGUGUAGCGUUACUUUCCUCCUGCAGAAGGUGGGGAAUCAGCUAGCUUUGUUUCUUCAAACGCAGGCAACUGCCCGUAUGCCUGAGGCUUAGCAUGUGAGGCUGGAGAGUGUCUGUGGGGAGGAGUGUGUGUUUGUGCGUGUCUGCGUCUGUGCGUCUCUCUGCGAAUGUGUGUCUUUGUGUUUGUGUGUGUGCACAAGUGCAGGUCGAGGUGUGUGUGUGCAUCUGUGUCUGUGCACUAUGUGUGUUGCAUCUCUGGCUCCGUGCAUGUGUGUGCCUAUGCCUCUGUGUGUAUGUGUGCAUCUGUGUCUCUUGUGUGCAUGUAUGUGUGCCUCUGUGCCUGCACACAUCUAUCUGCGUGUUUUGGGGUGGCUCUGUGUGUGUCUGUGUUUCUCGUGUUGUCUGUAUGUGCAGGUCUGUUUGUGUCAGGGCAUCUGUGUAUGUCGAUGCAUGUCUGCAUCUGUGUGUCUUGUCUCUGCGUGUGUGCAUCUGUCAGUGUCUGUGCAUGUUGUUUUAGUGUAUCUUUCUUCGUCUCUGCAUCUGUGUGUCUGGGGGAGUGUAUUUGUGUGUGUCUGUGUGUCUCUGGUUCUGGCUGGGGGGGAUGUGUCUGUGUGUGUGCACAUGCUUGGAAGCACUCACAGCAUUUUUUAACUCCUUUUGCAAGCUGUUCAUUACUCAGUCUAACAGUCCUUGAAUGUGACCUGAAAGUGCAGCCUCAGACCUAUCAGUGAGCAGAUCCAGACUAAAAUUGUUGUAGACUGCAAAAACCAAUCUGCUCAGAAAGCCGAAUCCUCCACACUUGCGAGGCCGGCAAAGCUGCUCACUGCAGCCAUAGCUACACCCCCUCCUCCUUAGCUCAGCACAAGAACUUUGCUACACACACUUCAGAAGUGCCUAAAAGGACAGUAAUCCCUUUUAAGGAAGCAUUCUGUGACAGUUGAGAGCUGUUAAUCCACAUGCCCAUUCCACUCCCUUGUAGAAACACAACAACAGUUUCAUGCCUGCGUGUUGCUUUGCCUUUCCUCGUUCUUAGCUUCUGCACCAGUUGUUCGCCAAAAAUAAACACCAUUCCACAACCAUAUAUGUGCAACAGCCUUGGGGUGGCUGUGAGCCCCCGCCGGCACUGCCAUUCUCCACCAGGCCAGCAGCCACGCUGACGGGCUAUGCACAUCACCCAGCUGAACCGGGAAUGCCUCUUACAUCUGUUUUCUUUUUUGGACAAAGAUAGCAGGAAAAGUUUAGCAAAGACAUGUCACGCGUUGCUAGAAGUGUUUCGGGAUCCUUUCCUGUGGUCUUUGUUGAACUUCCACUCUCCAGCGGAACUAAAGAAGGAUAACUUUCUCCUGGGACCUGCUUUAAAAUAUUUAUCCAUCUGCUGGUAUUCAGAGAGAGUCAAGGUGUGUAACAUUGAGGACUGGAUGAAAAACCAUUUCCAGAAAGACUUCUGUAACAGGCAUCAACGCACCGUCAAUGAUUUUUUACUAGAAGUUUGCAACAGAUGUCCAAACCUGAUAUCUUUGACCCUUUCUGGAUGCGGCCACGUUACAGACGAUUGCAUCUUGCUGCUUCUCAAGAGCUGCCCAAACCUCAAGACACUCAAACUGGAAAACUGUGUGCGGAUCACUGACCAGACUCUAGAAGCAGUGACCCUCUAUGGGGCAUCGCUGCAAACACUCCAUGUGGAUUUCUGCCGGAACAUAACACAAACUGGUCUAGAGAGAGUCAGGGAAAAAUGUCCUUCGGUAACGCUGAGAGCAGAGAGAAGUGCAAACAUGAUUCCAGACAGUAAGCCAGAAAAGAAGCUGAUGCUUGAAAAAACAUCAAGAAAACUGGUUCAGCUUUAAGUGCAACUAAUUUUAUGAACUCAGUCAAAGCAGGUAUUUUACCUUGCUUCCUCUCUCCUCCUGGGGAGUCUUGCUUCAAUGAACCAGGGCUGCUUUCCUGCUUUCUGGUUUAAGUCCAAACAAAUGGCUGAUGGGUUUUGUAAAGCUGCACUAGGAAAAGGCACGAACCUCCACUAGGACAGCGUUAAGGAAAAAAACUGUUUCCUUGCUGUUGUUGUUUGAAACUGGAAUACCCUGCGUUGCUGUCACAAAAUGCAAAACUGCAAUUUUGGUACCCCAUAAUUUUGAUAAGAGGAAUGCACAAAAGAAGCAGCGUUCUUUUAUUGAUGUAACAUAAUAAUUUGUCAGAGUUCAAUAAACUUGAUGGUAUUUAACAAAGAUUUACAGUGGCUUGACAAGGUGACAAGAUUCAGUAAGUCUGAUGGCAAAGUUCACCCUAUUAAUUACUGCACAGAAGAAACAUACAAAGGAAAAUGGAGUUAGAAUGAUUCACAGAGACCAGAGACAAAGCGUAAGGAGGACUCUCCCCGUUGAGUCAUGAGAUUCAGAGCGGACUCUCUUGCUUUCUAAACUCUGGUGUAAUGGGAAAGGGCACGUAGCCACAGCAGAUAGAGCUGGGGUACUUGUAUGAUCUACAAAUGUGAUUAACAAAUUUCUGUUCAAGGAUUUAUCCAUCUGGGCAUUCCAUUGGCUAAGGGUGAUAACCACACCAUGUAAGAUCUUGCAGCAAAAGCAGAGCACCUGACAACCCUUACUUCCUCAGUAACAUUUGUAGCUGGUGUGUCAGGCUUAUUUAUUAAAGGAGGGACGCUUGGCAAUGCGCGCAAAACACUGCUCGACUCUUUGCAUAAUGUGCUUUGACAAGAUGCACAAGCUGACAUUAAAGGAAGUACAAUGUGAACAAAUGCGAGUUACACAAUUAACCUAAAGGAAAAGACAAUGAUUUGCAACCUAUUUGCAACCUGCAGCUUUAAAUGCUAAACUAGGAUCACACUGCAGUACAGACCUUAUCAGCACUGGUUUCUCACGGUGGAGCACAAAACAAACAGCUAUUUUCAUCCCAAUCCACAAAGCUCUCACUUUCCUGCAUGCUGCUCUGCUACAUGGAAAUGAAGUAUUUUUUAAUGAAGGGUUGCUACAGCACUGUCUACCAAAUCUGACACCAAGUCUAGCACCGUUGUAGCCUGCUCUAUAAAAUUUGCCUUGAUACAACAUACUGGAAUUUGGUCAUGGGAUCCAGCGUCCAAGACUGGUAACAGUACAUAUUCCAGACUCUUCACACGCUUACAGAUUUUGGCCUGGGGAAAGGUAAGCAUCGCAGAGAGCCAUCUUCCUGUGUCGGCUCUCCCUGUCACAGGUUUUACUCGUUGAGUCUCUCUCGGUGUAACAACGCAGUGAUCACCUGGUUUCAAUCGCUGAGGCUCCUGGUUGAGCUUCAGCACGCUUUUUUAAAAAGCACCCUGUCUCAAAGCCUGUGCUUUACCCUCUGUGGGAGAACGUUCUCAAAUUCUGCUUUCCAUUAUUUCCCAUUUUGUUUAGCAAUUCUGACAUGAAUUCAGAACUCUGACUCCUAGAGAGCACAUCAUUACUAUAAUAUGUAAGCCCUUUCCUGCUGACUCUGCGGCUGAACAUGUAUUUACCUUAAAUCUCUUCCAUUCAAUACAAUCGGUGGUUAAAUCAGGCUAUCCAGAACUCAGUUUCCAAUAGAAGACCAGAUGGAAAUAGAUGCUAAAACAGACGGCUGCACACAGACCAGUCUGACAAACUCUGGAUCCUGAAUGGUUCCAGCUUAAAUCACAAAGACGACUAUAGCAGUUAAGAUUUCGUUUUAAAUACAAACCUUACACAGAGCAGGAAAAUACCUGAGAGUGUGUGUCCUUAAAGCAGAUUUAGAAAUAUUAGCUUUUGGAAAUACUGUUCUGUCUCACAGAACAUCAAAGUUUCUGUUCCAUUCCACAGCCGUUACUCAAGACGCUGUCAGUGCAGCCAGCGAUGUGUGAACAUAGGGAUUUAUUUCAACCGAUACAUUGUCUUUUGUUCAUGUUGGAACAGAAAGAGAAGCAAUGCGCUAUCACAAUUCCACUUGAAGCCAAUCUUUAUGGCAAGAGCAGUACUGUAAGACUGUAUUUUCAAUCAGUGUCUCUAGAAAGGUAAGUUUCAAACAAUCUCAGCAGAAAUAUUUGAAUAGACUACAUUCCUAGGGCUUGUUCUUUUCUCUCCAAGAACUGAUGAGGUAGCUACUGACUCCUGAAAACAUCCUUGAUGUGUUGUAUCACAAGUGGAAAGAGGACUUUAUGCCUCUCAACAUAAGUAAGCAUACUUCCUCUCCAUCCUGCUUCCACAGAUAUCCUUUGGUACUCUCUAAUUUGGCUGAGCUAAGAAAUAAAUCACUGCAUUCCCGAAACUUGGUCAAACAAAGCUGAAAUUCCAGAGAAAUACUUGAUCAGUGUGAGUAUCAUAAGAAAUACCCAGAUGACAAAGAAAAUAACUUCAUUAUUGCAUCUUCGCAACUCAGAGAUAUUCAACGGCACAACACUGUAAUAUUCUGGUAUUUCAUUAACCCAUUCCUAAAACUUAAGUAGGACCUUUACGCACUGCAAAGGAACAGAACUGGAAGCACAGACAGGAACAACAAAUGGCAAUCCGAAAACAGCAUUUACAACUUGGAAAGGAGAUCACCAGGCCGAACAAACUUAUUGUGAUGUGGAAAUUGGGAUGUUGACAUAAUUCUUACCUUGGAUACCCAGUUGGUGAAAAAUGACCAAUUUCACGUCUUGCUGACAAGCCAAAACAAGACAGGAAUUCCGAAGACACAUCAGUAAGCAAAGACCUUCUCUUGAUGCCAGCUCUCUAAGCACUCUGUGAUGAAAGACAUCUCUGCAGAUGUUAACACCUAGCAGAUUUUCAAGUAGCUACAAGAUAUGGAAGCAGGCUUGCAUCUGUCUACAUAUUAUUUAUGCCUUUUUUGCCAGUUUCUAUCAGGACUGGUUGAGGGGAGCAGGCAGUUGUGGGCUGGGUUUUGUUCUACUUCAUGGAGGGCCUUGGAACCCUUCUUGCACUUAGUUUCUUGGCCUACCUGUGUACAAAUGUUCAAAUUUGUAUUAUUUUUCUCCUCCUCUCCUUGAAUGGGAGGUAAAAUUUGAACACAACUGGCAAAUAGAUAGAAUAUUCAAAGGACAAACAUAAUCAAUAAAAAGCAGUCUCACUUAAAGCAAUCAAGCACAAUCCUUUAAUCAACAUUUACCAAUAUCAACAUCCCCUUUCACUUUCCUCUAAACUGCCUCCAAAAAUACCCUCACAAUCCGAGAAGCCAACCGCACAGUCCUUACCAGAAUGAUAAAUGAAACUAAAUCAGAAUGAUUUCAGAGCCCCGAGCCCCUCCUCUCCAAAACUGCUGAAAGCCUUCCCCCUAGAUGUUUCAUAUUGCAUUCUGGUUCCUGGUCACUGCUCAAGAACCUUUUCCGCCUUUUCUAUGUGCCAACAACUACUUGAAAGAACUUUACCAGCUAAAAACCAGAUCUGCUAAUUUCUACAGCUGCCUAUCAAGUCAGCCCUGCGGCCACUGUUAGCCGGCAGCCAUAUGCCAGCUCAGUCUCAACAACCAGGGAGCUUCCCUCCCAAACCCUGCGGACAUCAAACAACCACAUGUGAGAAAACAACAGGAGUUUCCACCCUCUUCUCCAGUUCAGACGGACCACUCUUCUCCCACGUGAGCUUAGGUUAGAAAUGUUUUCACGCCAGCAGGCCCCAGGGCAGAGCAGCGCGUGACUCCCCUGGGGACAAACUGUCCCACCCUUUUCCUCAGCCCAGCCAAACCCUGCGCCUGAACACCAAGCAGCACCUGUAGUUUCACACAGAUCACGGUUUUGAUAAAUACACCGGGGAAUCCUCUAUUCUUCAGCACUUCUCUAAGACAGGGAACAAAAACCUCUUUGUACAGCACCUUCGUGAGGCAGUCAAAGGCAAACGCUGCAGCGUAAGCCACUCCUGCUGAUCAGAACCCAUUGAGAGCCGCCAGG